CUCACAAGUGCCCACAAGGACUGCCCCAUGCCCCAGGGCACGGACCCCGUGAACCCAGACUUGCCCUCUGUCGUGGCUUCAGACCAUGACACUGGAAAGGACAAACAGAUGGGUUUCUGCUGGGAUCCUUGGCAGACGUGCUUCCAGACCACCAACGGCUACCUGUCCGACUCCAGGUCCUGCUCCAGCAACUACAGCGUGGCAGCCCUGGCCACCUCGUCCCUCGUGGGAGUGGUGCAGAGCUUCAGGGACCACGUCACAAAGCCCACGGCCAUGGCCCGUGGCCGCGUUGCCCACCUCAUCGAGUGGAAGGGCUGGAGUGCCCAGCGGGCGGGCUGGGAGCUGCCCCCUGCCGACGACGACGAGCAUUACCGCCGCCUUCCGGACGAGCUGCGGGAGGCCCGCUUUGCCGCAGGGGUUGCCGAGCAGUUUGCCAUCACGGAGGCCACACUGAGCGCCUGGUCCUCGUUGGACGAUGGAGAGCUGGGCCUGGAGAGCAGCCCCACGGACGUCCUGCAGCUCCAGGACCUGGGGAGCGUCUGUCUCCAGGACAGCCUUCUGAGUGUCCGCUCGCAGGAUGACCGUCUUCUGGCCUUCUCCUCCCCCGACGGCUGGCCCUCCCCUGACGAGCCCCCCAGCCCUGGACGGCAGCUCCGGCCGCAGCUCCCAGGGGCCCUGGGGCCCGAGGGGGGGGCCGGACCGCAGGGCCCCCUCUGCUCCGGGGACGGCAGCCUGCCCUCCGAGGAGGAGGAUGAGGUGUUCUACAACUGA